GGAAAGCAGACGAGAAGACUGCGCUCUACCACGACAAAGGGGCUCCACUCUCCAUACACGCCCAUUCUGAAAUGCUCGUACCCGGUGAAGGUUUGCAAUCAUCCACAAAUCUUUCCCCAUGACGGUAGACUUUCAACAUGCUGCAAAAAUCCGGCAAUGGUGAAGUGUACCCGGAUCCUGCUGGGGAGAAGAAACUGAAAGUCGGCUUUGUAGGGUUAGACUCGGCGGCUCCCGACUCUAGCAGGGAUGGGGCACUGCUCAUUGCUGGUUCAGAAGGUACCAAGCGAGGCAGCAUCUUAAGCAAACCCCGGUCCAGCGUCACUGGUUCAAGAAAACCACCGAAGAGAAAUGCUUUUUAUCGAAAACUGCAGAAUUUCCUCUACAACGCGUUGGAAAGACCAAGAGGCUGGGCUUUCAUUUAUCAUGCAUACGUUUUUCUCUUGGUGUUCUCCUGUCUGGUGCUGUCCGUUUUCUCAACAAUCAAAGAAUAUGAAAAAAGCUCAGAGAAUGCACUUUAUAUUCUGGAAAUUGUGACCAUUGUUGUUUUUGGUGUGGAGUACUGUGUGAGAAUCUGGGCAGCUGGCUGCUGCUGUCGUUAUCGAGGAUGGAAGGGGAGGCUGAAAUUCGCACGGAAACCAUUCUGUGUUAUCGACGUCAUGGUGUUGAUUGCCUCCAUCUCGGUGCUGGCUGCAGGCACCCAGGGGAAUGUCUUUGCCACCUCUGCCAUCAGGAGUUUGAGGUUCUUGCAGAUCUUACGCAUGAUCCGAAUCGAUCGCAGGGGUGGCACCUGGAAGCUGCUGGGAUCCGUGGUCUAUGCACACAGCAAGGAACUGAUCACGGCCUGGUACAUUGGGUUUCUCUGUCUCAUCCUCGCCUCUUUCCUGGUGUAUUUGGCUGAGAAAGAAGAUAACAAAGAAUUUGAAACCUACGCCGAUGCACUCUGGUGGGGGCUGAUUACCCUGACUACAAUCGGUUAUGGGGAUAAGUAUCCGAUUACAUGGAACGGGCGUCUUCUUGCUUCAGCCUUUACACUCAUUGGAGUGUCAUUCUUUGCACUUCCAGCUGGCAUCUUGGGCUCCGGAUUUGCCCUGAAGGUUCAGGAGCAACAUCGGCAGAAACAUUUUGAAAAACGACGGAAUCCAGCUGCGGGUCUCAUCCAGGCUGCCUGGAGGUUCUAUGCUACCAGUCUAACCAGGACUGACAUGGAGUCGACCUGGAAUUACUAUGAGCGGACAGCGUCGGUUCCCAUGUACAGUGUGCCUGCAUUUGGCACUUCCAGACUGAUUCCACCACUCAACCAGCUAGACCUGCUGAGGAACCUGAAGAGCAAGUCAGGACUCUCAUUCAGGAAAGAUUCGCAGCCAGAGCCUUCCCCCAGUAGAGGAAAUUCACGCAAAGAAACACUUUGUGGGUGCUGCCCAGGAAAACCUAGUCACAAGGUCAGCUUAAAGGAGCGUGUAUUCUCCAGUCCCCGGAGCUCGGGGGCCAAAGGAAAGGGCUCACCUCAGGGCCAGGGCCUCCGCAGGUCCCCCAGCGCAGACAACAGCAUUGAGGACAGUCCCAGCAAGGUGCCCAAGAGCUGGAGCUUCGGAGACCGCAACCGCGCAAGACAAGCCUUUAGGAUAAAGGGGGCCACGUCUCGACAGAACUCAGAAGAGCUGAUUGAGCUGCAGGAUGAAGAAUUCAGAUUGAAGAACUUUCAAGAAGCAAGCCUGCCAGGGGAAGACAUAGGAGAUGACAAAGGCUGCCACUGCGAGUUUGUGACACAGGAUUUAACUCCGGGAUUGAAAGUUACAAUCAGGGCUGUGUGCAUUAUGAGAUUUAUGGUUUCAAAGCGAAAAUUCAAGGAGAGCCUGAGGCCUUAUGAUGUGAUGGAUGUAAUUGAGCAGUAUUCAGCUGGCCAUUUGGACAUGCUGGCACGGAUUAAAAACCUCCAGUCCAGGAUAGAUAUUAUUGUGGGUUCCGCACCCCCUUCAACUCCCCGGCAUAAGAAGUAUGCAACCAAAGGACUCAAAGAAUCACCCCAAUACUCUCCUAGAGUUGACCAGAUUGUUGGUAGAGGUACUGCAAUAACAGACAAGGAUCGAACCAAAGUGACCACUGAAGGAGACCAUCCCGAGGACCCUAGCAUGAUGGGAAAACUGGGAAAGGUUGAAAAACAGGUGAUGUCAAUGGAAAGGAAGCUGGAUUUCUUGGUGAACAUCUAUGUGCAGCGGAUGGGUAUCCCUCAGUCUGAGACGGAGGCCUACUUUGGAUCCAAGGAGCCCGAACCUGCACCCCCUUAUCACAGUCCUGUGGACAGCAGGGAGCAAAUGGAUAAGAAUGGCUGCAUCACCAAAAUCAUACGCUCCAACAGUUCGGCAGGGCAGAAGAAUUUUGAUGCACCGCCAGAGCCUCCAGGCCCCUGCCCUCCUUCCACAUCGUGGCAUCAGCACCCUAUCAGUGAGUAUCAACGCCACAGUCAAGGGAACUCGCCUGACGGGGACCCGUCCUCCUUAGUUAGAAUCCCACCACCGCCCUCUCAUGACCGCUCUUCAGGGAGCCACAAUGGAAGCAACCGGGGAGGUGCAGAAUACGAAGCUGUAGGGAAACAUCACGACAGUGCCCUGAGGGACAGUGACACUUCCAUCUCUAUCCCGUCUGUGGAUCACGAGGAGCUGGAACGCUCCUUCAGUGGCUUCAGCAUCUCCCAGUCCAAGGAGAAUAUGGAUUACCUCAACAACAGCUACUACGGAGCGGUGGCCCCCUGCGCUGCUAUCAGACCCUACAUUGCAGAAGGGGAGUCUGACACAGACUCAGAUAUAUGCAGCCCUUCUGGUCCAUCUCCAAGGUCUGCAACUGGAGACGUGGGGUGGUCCGGGUCGAAAUAAAACUUCCCAGGGACAUCAGCACAUGUUCUGGAUAUGAUUUAGCAAAAGCUUAUGAAGCCAUAAGAAUGAUGAAAUUGCCCAGUGGCCCCAAAACCUUUACAUUGAGAAGUUAUGGAAAAGAGAAAUCCCAUCUGCUCAUUAAAUGAACUGUCGUCUUACUUAGAUUUUGACAAGACUGCUGUGGACCCAGGGCACCCAGGGAGUUUCCAACGUCUGUAAUUUUUAUAAACUUAAAAAAAGGGUUUGGGUUAACCGAGGCAGAAGGCGCAAUCAUUUAGAAUAACACAAUUCUUUAAUCCUUGUUUCUUGCAUACAUUGUAUUUGUUUGCUUUCAUCCAACAUAGCAAUUAAAAUGACUUCAUAAGCACUGGGCCAGUGGUAUAGUUGCUCCCAUAAUUACAGAAUGUAUAUCUUCAGAAAACAUCUGGGGGAAUAAGCUACAGCAAUUUCUCAAACUAACAAAUGGAACAUUUACUGGAACUUCAUACUUGCCACAAAGGUUAGCACCUCUUACCAAACUUCCAGAUGUUGUUAUGAAUACAUUAUUGUACAACCGUACAGUAAUUACUCAUACGAAUGCUAAAUGUAUUCAAAUAAAACCCAUCCCAGCUUGAUAUUGUUCAUUUACUUUUAGCUGAUCAUUAACACCUUGAUUUAUUUUAUCUUGAUUGCAAAUAUUGUGAAACUACACACCAGCAAACAUAACAACACUUCCUUUCUUUUAGGUCAGGCAAGAUUGUGGACAUACAUCUGUGAGGUGGAUUGAUAUUUGCAUAUUGAUCUAACAAUGAACAAGAAUGUCCAUUUACAUUAAACAACACCCAACGGGACUAGAAGACUUACUCUUUCUCAGUUGACAUCAUGAAUUCUUAACUGAUGUGAUUUACGAUAAAACGGAGUACAGUACAGGAUUGCUAAAGCUAUUUUCAGUGAUAACAGUCCACAAGAUGUUCUCUUAAAAGAUGUAUCUUAAAAAAAUGAUGAUUCAAGACUGUAUAUAGGCACUAUUAAAAAAAACAAACAACUGGUCUUGCUUUACAUAAAAGAGAAACAGUUUUAACUCCUUCUGUGAAAGCUUUUUUUUCAGAACUUAAGAAGUAAGAAUUUAUUAUUUCAAAAUACUGUUGUAAGGGCAACACUGAUUGAGUGUUUUUCUGAAG